CGCCCCGCGCUGGCCUGUCCGGCCCCGCCCCCGCCCCGGGCCAUGGCCCAGCCCUUGUCCCGGCCCCUUGUCCUAUCCCGAUCCCGGCCUUGGCCCCCAGCUCCGCCCUCGCCCCUCUUUCCAAAACGGUCCCAGCUCCGGCCGGGGUCCCAGCAAAUGCCAAGGUCCAGGUCCAGGGUCCCCCUCCAGUCCCUGUCCUAUCCCCUGGCCUGGCCCCCAUCCCCACCUGGGUCCUUGUUCCACCCCCUGUCCCAACCCCAUUCCCAGUGUUUGCUUAAGCCGCUGGCCAGACCCUGGUCCUUGCUCCAGUCCCCAUCAGAGCCCCUCCUUUCAUCCCACCACCUGUCCUUGUUUAAGCCCCAGUGCCCAGUCCAGCCUAACCCAUUAUCUCAGCCUUUGCCCUUAUCUCUGAGUUUACCCAAUUCUCUCCCACUAGUCCCCCCUCUCUCUCAUACUCUGCCCCUCUCCCAGCCUCGACUCAGGUCUGGGCUCCAGCUGCCUCCAGCCCUUUUGCUGCUGUUGCUGUUCUCUGUCCUUGGCCCAGGGGCUGGAGGCCUUUUCCUGACCGAUUACUCCACCUGCUCACCCCGCAAGCUGAGUCCUUUCCGCUCCUUCGCCAGCACUGAGCUAUUCCACUUCCAUGUUCCUGAGGACACAUUCCUGGCUGUUUGGAACCUCAUCAUCUUCAAGGAGCAGGGGGGAACCUUUGGUGACCACUGCCCAGAUCAAAGUGUAACUGUGUAUUUCCGGUCCGGGGCACCCCCUGUCAUCAAUCCCCUGCACACACACUUCCCAGGGGACACGGCUGUACCUGGGGUUUUCUCACUGACCCUCAGCUGGACACUGCCCAACCGUACCUCAGGCAUCUUUAACGUCAGCAGCCCCUUACCUGGGGACUGGUUCUUGGCUGCUCACCUUCCCCAGGCCCACGGCCACAUCUCUGUCAAGGGUCUCCAGGAUGAGUGUCAGUAUCUCCUUCAGCCGCAGCUGAUUGUCCGGCGUCUGCUGGACGUUGCUGUGCUGGUUCCCGGCCGGCCCUCAGAACAAACCCUCUCUCCUCACAAUCGCUCAGCCCUACACAAGGUCUUUGUGCCCAGUUUCACUUACAGGGUUUCAGCACAGCUGGUGUGUGUGGGAGGCCGUGGAGUGACUGCCUGCCCCCUGACACUACGCCUACGUCCCAAGGCCCCGCCCCUGCACAAUUCCAGCUCUGUGGCCUGUGCGGGUGCCUCGGUAUGCCAGCUGGAGCUGGCACUGCCCCCCUGGGGGCACUGGGUCUACGUGCGUGUGGAGAUGCCAUUCCGGGGCCCUGGCAGGACCAUCCGCUUCCAGUUGUGUGUGCGGUUGCAAGAGUGCCCACAGCCCAGUCUGUCCCGUGCCCUGGUCCCUGGAGCUGCCAUGAACAUGCCUCAGUCACUGGGCAACCAGGCCCUGCCCCUGGAGCCGCCAUCCCUUGAAACCCCUGUGGAGGGGCCUGGGGCCACAUCUCCACCUGAGCACUGCUGGCCGGUGCGCCCGACUCUGCGCAACGAGCUGGACACCUUCUCCGUCCACUUCUACAUCUUCUUUGGCCCCAGUGUGGCCCUUCCUCCCGGGCGCCCAGCUGUGUUUGCCCUGAGGCUGUUGCCGGUGCUGGACAGUGGAGGCGUCCUCAGCCUGGAACUCCAACUCAAUGCGAGCUCCCUGCACCAGGAAAAUGUGACAGUCUUUGGAUGCUUGACUCAUGAGGUGCCCUUGAGCCUGGGGGAUGCAGCCCUGACCUGCUCCAAAGAAUCCCUGGCCGGCUUCCUUCUGUCUGUCAGUGCUACCUCCAGAGUGGCCAGACUGCGAAUCCCUUUUCCGCAGACAGGGACCUGGUUCCUGACCCUCCGCUCUCUCUGUGGGGUGGGGCCUCGGUUUGUGCGAUGCCGCAACGCGACGGCCGAGGUGCGAUUACGCACAUUCCUGUCACCGUGCGUGGACGACUGCGGGCCCUACGGCCAGUGCAAGCUGCUACGCACCCACAACUACCUGUAUGCGGCCUGCGAGUGCAAGGCAGGGUGGCGGGGCUGGGGCUGCACCGACAGUGCGGAUGCGCUCACCUACGGCUUCCAGCUGCUGUCCACACUCCUGCUCUGCUUGAGCAACCUCAUGUUUUUACCACCUGUGGUCCUGGCCAUUCGGAGCCGAUAUGUGCUGGAAGCUGCUGUCUACACCUUCACCAUGUUCUUCUCCACGUUCUAUCAUGCCUGUGACCAGCCAGGCAUUGUGGUUUUCUGCAUCAUGGACUACGAUGUACUGCAGUUCUGUGACUUCCUGGGCUCCUUAAUGUCCGUGUGGGUCACCGUCAUUGCCAUGGCUCGCUUACAGCCCGUGAUCAAACAGGUGCUGUAUCUUCUGGGGGCAAUGCUGCUGUCCAUGGCUCUGCAGCUUGACCGCCAUGGACUCUGGAACCUACUUGGACCCAGUCUCUUCGCCCUGGGGAUCUUGGCUGCAGCCUGGACAGUACGCAGUGUCCGCCGCCGGCACUGCUACCCACCGACGUGGCGCCGCUGGCUUUUCUACCUGUGCCCAGGCAGCCUUAUUGCUGGCAGUGCCGUCCUGCUCUACGCUUUUGUGGAGACCCGGGACAACUACUUCUACAUUCACAGCAUCUGGCAUAUGCUCAUCGCAGGCAGUGUGGGCUUCUUGCUGCCCCCACGUGCCAAGACUGACCACAGGGUCCCCUCUGGAGCCCGGGCCCGGGGCUGUGGUUACCAGCUAUGCAUCAAUGAGCAGGAGGAGCUGGGUCUUGUUGGCCCAGGAGGGGCUACCGUCAGCAGCAUCUGUGUCAGCUGAGAGGAGCUUUGGUCUGGCCCUUUAGGGUACAUGAACCCUCACGGUUCUUCCUGGAGGGUCUGGAGCCCUCCCAGGGACAAGAGACAAGCUGUAUUUCUUGAGGACAUGGAGUCUUACUCAAGGACAUAGAAUUCUUCCAGGGACCUGGGGCCCUUCCCAGGUCAUGGAGAACUUCCCAAGGGUCCUGGAGUCUUCCUGCAUCCAUGGAGCCCUUCUUAAUGACAGGAGUCUAUGCAGGGCACAGAGCCCCCUUAGGACUCAGGAGGCCCUUGUAAGGGCAUGCUGCUCUUCCCGGGGAGACAAAGCCCUAGCAAGAACAUGGAAUCAUUCCAGAGGAAGUGGAGUUUAUCAUGGGGAAACUGAGUUUCCAGAUUUUUCCAGAGGAUCAGCGACUCUGGCCUCAGGCUUCCUUCCCAGAGGCAGCAUCUGGGCUGUGCUGUGUUGGGGAAGGGGGGACUGCAGGACAGGUGGGGCUGGGGUGGCUGGUGUCCUGAGUCGAUGCAGGUGGAGUCUGGUGUGUCUCCAAUGAAGUACAUGCUGGUUCUGUGCCGCCUUUUUUCCUGGAGUCAAGGGUGUGGGGAAGGAAGGGAAAGGGACCCUGAGGAAAUCAGCAUGGCCGAUGGAAGCCCACCUGAACAAGCUGCUGGGGGCUACUCUCUGAGGCUUUUGGCCUAUCACAUGCACACCUGCAUCUCUCUCACCUGGUCCCUGUGUUCAUUUCCAAACACUUCCAAAGCCGAUACCUUCAUUCCUAUUGAGUCUGGGCUGCAGUAGUGUGUGUGUGUGUGUGUGUGUGUGUGUGUGUGCACGUGUGCGUGCAUGUGCAGAGAUGAUUUAAAUCCAUGAGACAGAUCUCCCUCUUGACACCCACACCCAACUGGGAAGGAAGCCGAAAUCUCAGGAAAUUGGAGUAGCCGGUACAAAUUUAAGAUGAGCAAAAAAUAACACAAGAA